CCGAGUGUGUGUACUAAAGCGGCUUGCAAUGGCUAGACUCGUCUUGCUGAGUUGGCUCCUUCUUAUUGUCAGUACCUGGGCCAUUCCGCAGGGAGGAGGCAACAGUGACUGUGCACACUGGUGCCAAGACAAUUUCUCGCGUUGUUGGAAGAAUGUUGGACAAUGUGUUUCAGCUGCAGCACAUAAUGGCUUUCAGUGUUGCUGCCCCGAGUGCCACUCGCCGCAGGUUUGUAAAAAUCACGAGUGUGUGUGCCCGUCUGGUGGCGGUGAUUGCGGACCUAAAUGCUUAACAUGCAAGCUUCCUCAGACUUGCCAGGAUGGCUCUUGCAAGUGCCCAAAGGAUACCUGUGGAAGUAAUUGUGAAACCUGCAAGCUUCCUAAGACUUGCCAGGAUGGCUCUUGCAAGUGCCCAAAGGACACCUGUGGAAGUAACUGUGAAACUUGCAAGCUUCCUAAGACUUGCCAGGAUGGCUCUUGCAAGUGCCCAAAGGACACCUGUGGAAGUAACUGUGAAACCUGCAAGCUUCCUAAGACUUGCCAGGAUGGCUAUUGCAAGUGCCCUAAGGACACCUGCGGACCUAAAUGCUUAACAUGCAAGCUUCCUAAGACUUGCCAGGAUGGCUAUUGCAAGUGCCCAAAGGAUACCUGUGGAAGUAAUUGUGAAACCUGCAAGCUUCCUAAGACUUGCCAGGAUGGCUCUUGCAAGUGCCCAAAGGACACCUGUGGAAGUAACUGUGAAACUUGCAAGCUUCCUAAGACUUGCCAGGAUGGCUCUUGCAAGUGCCCAAAGGACACCUGCGGACCUAAAUGCUUAACAUGCAAGCUUCCUAAGACUUGCCAGGAUGGCUCUUGCAAGUGCCCUAAGGACACCUGCGGACCUAAAUGCUUAACAUGCAAGCUUCCUAAGACUUGCCAGGAUGGCUAUUGCAAGUGCCCUAAGGACACCUGCGGACCUAAAUGCUUAACAUGCAAGCUUCCUAAGACUUGCCAGGAUGGCUCUUGCAAGUGCCCUAAGGACACCUGCGGACCUAAAUGCUUAACAUGCAAGCUUCCUAAGACUUGCCAGGAUGGCUCUUGCAAGUGCCCUAAGGACACCUGCGGACCUAAAUGCUUAACAUGCAAGCUUCCUAAGACUUGCCAGGAUGGCUCUUGCAAGUGCCCUAAGGACACCUGCGGACCUAAAUGCUUAACAUGCAAGCUUCCUAAGACUUGCCAGGAUGGCUCUUGCAAGUGCCCUAAGGACACCUGCGGACCUAAAUGCUUAACAUGCAAGCUUCCUAAGACUUGCCAGGAUGGCUAUUGCAAGUGCCCAAAGGACACCUGCGGACCUAAAUGCUUAACAUGCAAGCUUCCUAAGACUUGCCAGGAUGGCUCUUGCAAGUGCCCUAAGGACACCUGCGGACCUAAAUGCUUAACAUGCAAGCUUCCUAAGACUUGCCAGGAUGGCUAUUGCAAGUGCCCAAAGCAAGGUAAAAUGGACGGAACCUGUAAAGAUUGAUGUGUUUGUACGUGAAUUUUGUUCCCCCGGGAAGUACUGCAAAUAUGCAGGUGAAGCUGGAGGCACUGUGAUGACAAAAUGAUCAUGAGACUGUUCUAUGAACAAACGAAAGAUAACCCUUCCGACGGAAGGCAGGAAUUAACAAAGAAAAAUCGUGCGAUGUCAUCGCACAAUAUGGCAAACAGGGAAAGCUUUGGAUGCUGACGGAAGACUUCUUGACGGACAGAUAUUCCGGCCAUUUCAUUUCUUUAGGACGAUCUGAUUCCACUAGGGAAUCAGAACAACAAAUUGAAACACUCUUUUCCCUAUAUACUCAUUUAAU